CCGGAAGGAGAGGAAAGCCGGAAGUGGGGAAGGUGAAGCCGAUGCUGAGGCCAGUGCGGAGUUUGGGGAGCCAGUAGUAUUCUGGGAAUAUGGAACCACAAGGGUGUGUCCGAGGCGCUCCUGCCCAUGCUGGGAGAGAAGGUCCUGGCAAGCCUGCUCCCCCGUACAAGAAUGCUUAUGCCCGGCUUGUGCAGAAGCACCACAGUGGCCGCUUCCGUUCCUACCUGAACCACAUUGCUCAGAAGCUGCAGCUGGAAGAGAACCUCUUUCAGGACCUGGGAUCUGAGGUGGAGCUGUCCCUGAAAGGGGGGCUCGUGAGAGAAGCGCUGAUGAAGAACGGGAUGAAACCAGCCAGGGGCUCACCUGCUGGAACGUUGCAAUCUUCCCAGCCAGACCUGAGAAGCUUUGAGUGGCUGAGUGGGAGCAAAGAGGACAGUGUGGCCAACAGGCAGCCACACCAUCAACGAGAUCCUGGUGCUGGGAAGAGUGGGGAUGAAGAGGAGGAGGAGGAAGAGGAGGUGAUGGUAGAAGAGGAGGAUGUGCCUCCUAACCAGUAUGGAGAUCCAUCAGGCUUCUUAAGAACCAGGCCUGUAUUGGGUGGCCAGGAGGCAUUGCCCAGACUGGUGGCCUUUCAGCAGAAGACCUCUAACUCUGGAGAGAGGGACAAAGAGGAGCUCUGGAGAAACAAGUGCAGCAACCCUCUGACUCUCCUGGAGGGAACUGGUGUCUGUCCACCUGCAGGACAACUGAGCAUGGAGGAACCUUCAGCAAACACCAAUUUCUUACCGCCUCGGCAGAUGUAUGACAAGCGAGGUUUGGCGAGGCCCAGAAACAACUCUGAAUCAAUACGAGCCCCUCCAAAUGUGGACAGGAGGCGACAACUUUCCGAAUCCCAGGCUGUCCCUGUGAGCAGCUCGGAUUGCAGAAUGAACCUCCGACAUCUAGGAACUCCCAGAGGAGGCCCUCAUGCUGCUUCCUCGACUCCAGGAGAGAGAAAGAAUUGGGGUAAGACAACUCGCACACAAAAGAAAAUAUUUGAAGCCUACAUGUCAAGGGAAGACGUAUCGGAGGGUCUGAAGAGGAAAACCCUGAUCCAGGGACCCCUAAGAAUAAACCCCAAGAAAUACCAUGAUGCCUUCAUUCCUUCUCCAGAUGGCUCCCAGGACAUCUUCAUUGAUGGAGUCGUUGCUCGCAACAGAGCUCUGAAUGGCGACAUUGUGGUGGUUAAGCUGCUUCCGAAAGAACAGUGGAAGGUAAACAAGCCAGAUGCUUGCGACCAUGAAACAGAAGCUACUCCAGGUUCAGAAGAUCCUGCACAUUCACCAGGCGCUUGCAUUCUUCCCAGUCCAGGCAAGGGUGAUGCCAGCAGCCCGGAUGCCUUAACAGAGGCUCAGCUUGGUGAUGGAAGUGAACAAAUGAGUGCAAGAGAUUUUAAGCAGCUGUCCCUGGGGGCUGGUGAGAAAGGAAAAGAUGUGGAAACUUGCAGUGGCCGCUCUACAAAACUGGAAGAGUCCUCCAGUCCAGAGCAGAGUGUUCAGAAGACUGCAAAGGUGGUCUACAUAUUGGAGAAGAAGCACUCCAGGGCAGCCAUGGGCUUUAUCCGACUCUUGACAGAUCGCAACAGUGACUUGUUCAGGAAGUGUGCCAUGUUCUCGCCGGUGGACCACCGUGUACCUCGUGCAUAUGUGGCCUUGGCCGACUGCCCGCCUGAUUUUGCCACUCGCCCUGAAGACUAUUCCAACAUUCUUUUCAUCUGUCGUAUUGUGGACUGGAGGGAAGACAGCAACUUUGCCCUUGGGCAAUUGACCCAAAGUCUUGGGCGGGCUGGUGAAAUCGAGCCAGAAACAGAAGGCAUCCUGGCAGAAUACGGUGUGGAUUUCUCCGACUUCUCUCCAGACGUCCUGCAGUGUCUUCCCCAAAGCCUUCCUUGGAGUAUCCCGUCCAGUGAAUUUGCCAGGAGAAGAGAUUUAAGGAGAGAAUGCAUCUUCACCAUUGACCCAUCAACUGCCAAGGAUCUUGAUGAUGCUCUGUCUUGCAAGCCGCUCCCAGAUGGUAACUUGGAAGUUGGUGUUCAUAUUGCGGAUGUGAGUUACUUUGUCCUGGAAGGAACAGCCCUGGAUGAAGUAGCAAGCAAGAGAGCCACAAGUGUUUAUCUUGUGCAAAAGGUGAUCCCCAUGCUUCCCCCACUGCUCUGUGAGGAACUCUGCAGCCUUAAUCCCAUGACAGAUAGACUCACCUUCUCCGUCAUUUGGAAGCUGACUCCACAAGGCAAGAUCCUCGAUGAAUGGUUUGGGCGGACCGUGAUCCAGUCCUGCGCGAAGCUCAGCUACGACCAUGCUCAAAGCAUGAUUGAAAACCCAGAAAAGCUGUUUGCAGCAGAGGAGCUCCCCCCUGUCUCUCCCUGGCACUCCAUUGUUGAAGUUCACCAGGCUGUCCUCAACCUCCACCAGAUUGCCAAGCGGCUGCGCCAGCAACGCUUCACGGACGGGGCUCUUCGCUUGGACCAGCUGAAACUCUCGUUUACUUUGGACAAGGAGAGCGGGAUGCCACAAGGCUGUUACAGCUAUCAGUACCGGGACAGCAACAAGCUGGUGGAAGAAUUUAUGCUGCUGGCAAACAUGGCGGUCGCCCAUCGGAUUUACCGUUCCUUCCCCGCCAAAGCCCUGCUGCGCCGGCAUCCCCCUCCCCAGACCAAGAUGCUGCACGACCUCAUGGCGUUUUGCGGCCAGAUGGGCCUGGAGGUUGACUGCAGCAGUGCUGGCGCCUUGCACAGAAGCCUGAAUGAAACCUUUGGGGAUGACCAGUACACCGAAGCGAGGAGGGAGGUGCUGAUCAGCAUGUUCUCUCGUCCGAUGCAGAUGGCGGUCUAUUUCUGCACCGGUGUGCUGGAGGACGAGGCCCUCUUCCGUCACUACGCCCUCAACGUGCCCCUCUACACCCACUUCACGUCCCCCAUCCGCCGUUUUCCGGACAUCAUGGUGCACCGGCUGCUCUCUGCUUCGCUGGGGUUGGGCCCUGCCCCACAUUUGGAGAAGGCUGACAUCCAGAAGCAAGCAGAGCACUGCAAUGACCGGAAGAUGGCUUCGAAGCGGGUGCAGGAGCUCAGUGUCGAUCUCUUCUUCGCUGUGUUCAUCAAGGAGUGUGGCCCCCUGGAGUCGGAGGCCAUGGUGAUGGGCGUCCUCAGCGAGGCCUUUGACGUCCUUGUGCUGCGGUUUGGAGUCCAAAAGCGCGUCUAUUGCAACGCUUUGCCGUUGGUGGGGUUCCAGUUCCAAAAACUGGGCAAGAAGCCGCAGCUGUCCCUGGUGUGGGAGCCAGAGAGCCCAGAGCAGGACGCUGUGCGACAGGUCAUUACGAUUUUCACCUUGGUGGACGUCGUCCUGCGAUCUGACAACGUUCCCACGAAGUACAGCGCGGUGCUGAAGAGGCCCGGUGGUGGAGGAUGACCGGGCCCGGCGUCCAGAGACAAAUCCUGCCUGCUCGCCCAAAGCCGCUUCUGCUGGCAGCAUCCUUGACUGACUCCCUGGGAAAAGAACAAAGACUUUUUAUUUCAUUUCAUGUUAUUUUUGCAGACGGGGGUUGUUUUGUCUCUGGGUUCUUAACAAGGCUGUCCUCAGGAAGGGGGUCAAAAAGGUCAAGAUGCCACAGCCCUGCAAGCAUCAUAAUGCACGUGAAAAAGGGUGAGGUUUCACUCGCAUGGCUGCAGCUGCCAUCUUGACUUUUUUGACCGUCUCACUGCAGACAUCCUUGGUUUUUACUCAAGCUGGUUGGCAGGUCUCAGCCAUUUCCAACAAAGAGUAAUGAAUCCUUUGGAAAUGUGAA